UUUGCGCGUCUACGUAAAUGUGGAGUGCAAAAUGAUUGGUCGAAGAAUCGCAGGCAAGUGCCUCUCAGCUAGCUACGUGAUUUAUACCGCGCUUUUCAAUCGCAGAGGUAAGUUGCAGCUUGCUAUCAUCGUAAUUUAUAAACUGUAUUAUAUAGAGAAAAUACAACAUUGACCGUCGAGUACUCGUGCUAGUAACGUUUUUCGUUGUGUACACGCAUUGCAUGUUGCAUGAACGCAGGUUGCAUGUUUAUGUCAGUCAUAAAAAGAAUAGUUUGACAGCAACGAGGUCUUGUUUAACGUUCCUCUGCAGAGCAGCAUGUAAUGAAGCAUGCGUACUAGUCCGGGAGCCGGGGGGAAUCGACAUCAGUUUGUCGGUUUUUGAGUUAAAACGCAGGUCUGGUUAACAUUUUUAUAUUGAUUCGUUGGGUUUGAAUGUUAAUUUUGCUUCCCCCUUCAGAUCUGCCUUAUCAGCUGCCCAUCACUACCAUCCCUACCAUCCCUACCACCACACCUUGUACACUCCAUCUAAUCCACACACUUGACACACACAAGAAACAGCUCUUUUAAGAGCUACUCUCUUUGUCUCUGUCUGUCUGUCUGUCUGUCUGUCUCUCUCUCUCUCUCCCCCUCUCUCUAUCUCUCUCUUUCUCACACUCACUCUCAGUUGUCAGAGUAUGGCUGAGAAUACAGAAGGGUGUCCUCCAAAACGGCGCGCCUGGGUGGCAUACAGCCAGGCCCCUGGAAGUACCCACUAUGACCUUAACGCCUUCCCUAAAUUAAAGCGCAAGCAAUCGGAUCACAAAAAGAGGUCAGAACAGGGAGGGGGCGCACCACGGCCUCACCUUAGCCACACCUUGGCUCAGCAGCUACAAGAAAGUGAUCCAACAGAGGGGGUGUCAGGAGGGAAUCCCGAGGGGGAUGAGCAGGAGGACAUCCCUGCGAGGGAUGAGCAGGAGGACAUCCCUGUGGAGGAAAAUGUGGUACCAUUCACAGACACAGACACAUAUCAGUGUCUGUUGCUGGAGAGUGAACGUGUCUUGGUGGUUGGUGGUGGGACCAUGUUUGUCCUCAACCACUACAACAUGGUGACAAAGUGUUUGGAUAACGACAAACUGGUGGUUGUGGAAAGGAGGCCUGUUGUUUUUCAACAGUGCUGGUCCUACGUUUACAAAUGCUCCUGCGACCAUCACCAUGGGAGGCUUGUGGAAGCUCUUUCCAGCAACCUUGAGCAGUCCUUUGGCGAAACCAGCUGCAUCCAUGUGAAGGCCCUGACACAAGUGCUGCACAACUUAAAUGUGCCUGAGGUGCCUGAGGUGCCUGCGAAUCAGGAAGAUGAUCAUAAUUAUGCACGUUCUCUUUCCAACGAGGUAGGAAGUCAAUUGCACACACAAUGA